AACUUUUACUUCCGGGUUGUGCAGUUUCAGCAGUUCAUUUAUCAAGCUAAACUAAGCUAGCCGCCUUUUUGUUACCGUCAUUAGUUUAUCUAAGGAUAUACUGACACUCUUUCGCAUGGAAACUUGAUAACAACUGCGUAGGUUUUUUCAAAAAGCCCUGAGGUGAUGUUACAUGGACAAUGAUAAUGGCGUCUCACACUGGGGAUGUGGAUAAGAAAGUUUCUGCCAGAAGCUAACUACAAUUACAAGUUGUCCCUUGGCGAUUCCCUGGAGUGGUGGAACUUUUACUGGUUCACCACAUAAUCCAUCAUGUCAUUACCAAAGGACUCUGGGAGCCGAGGGAAAGAUCGAGAGCGAGGCGCCAGGCCCAAGGUGAGACAGAGCCGGUCAGAGGAGAGACGUGAUGCUGGCAGUGGACGGAAAGGUGGAAAGGGGAAGAAAAAAGGCCUCGCCUCACAUGAACCGGUAGCUGAGAGGCCUGUCAGCGAUGGCUUUGAGUAUGGUGAACUGUUGAGUGACCUCGAAAGCAGGGAUCAAUCUACUUCCUCUCCUCUGAGGGAGAGCUGGAGAUGGCAGGGUUUAGAAGUUGCUGCCUCAUUACUCGGACAAGAGCGGGUAACAGCCAGGCCAGGACCUGUAAGCUCUACUGCAGACUCACCUGCACCCAGUGAAGGGGAGGGGAGAGGUUCAAGCAGCAGUCGCACUCUCAGGCAAAAAAUCCAGGACGCCAUGGGGCAGUGUUUCCCGAUAAAAUCCCACAGUGCGACAGCACCAGUACCACCUCCGCAAGCUCUUUCAUCAUCAGCUGUCUGCGCGUCCUCCAGGCGUAAAAUCCAUCUGAGUGAGUUGAUGUUGGACGACUGCCCUUUCCCUGUAGGGUCAGAGCUGGCUCAGAAGUGGUAUCUCAUUAAGCAACACACAGCCCCCAUCACCCAGCCCCCCGUGCUCGAUUCUGCAGUAGUAUGCAGUGCUCCUACUUCAGCAGUGACAACUGUGGUGGAGGAUGUAGAUGACAGGUUGCGAGAGCGCAGGCGCAUCAGCAUUGAACAAGGUGUUGAGCCACCACCCAAUGCAGAGAUCCACACAUUUGAGGUGACUGCUCAAAUCAACCCUCUCUACAAGCACGGCCCUAAACUGGCUCACGGUAUGAAUGAGUUAGCAGGAGCUGACAGAGCCGCCACUCAUCAGCAACAACAGCUUCUUCUCCAGAGACAGCAGCAGCACCAGCUCUUACUACAGAGUUGUUUGGACACUCUGGACGAGGUGGUGGCCACAGCUUCAGCAUCAGCUUCAGCUUCAACUUCAGCCUCUGCCUCUGCUUCAGCCUGUGCCUCUGCUUCAGCCUCUGCCUCUGUCCACACCUGUGAUCCUGUUCCUGAGACUCUGGUUGACCCAGAGGUUACAGCAACCAGCAUGCCCUCUGGAGCCACACCUCCUCAGACAGAGCCUCAAAAACCUCAUGACAGCUACCGCAUCCACACCCAGAUCGAUUACAUUCACUGUUUAGUCCCAGACCUGCUGCAGAUCACCAGCCUCCCGUGUUACUGGGGGGUCAUGGACCGCUAUGAGGCUGAAAGGCUUCUGGAGGGCAAACCAGAAGGCACAUUCCUCCUGCGCGACUCUGCUCAGGAAGACUACCUCUUCUCCGUCAGCUUCCGCCGCUACGGCCGCUCGCUACACGCCCGCAUUGAACAGUGGAACCACAACUUUAGUUUCGACGUGCACGACCCCAGCGUCUUCCACGCUCCUACGGUUACAGGAUUGCUGGAGCAUUACAAGGACCCCAACUCGUGCAUGUUCUUUGAACCGCUGCUGUCGAACCCUAUUCACCGCACACAGCCCUUUACCUUGCAACACAUCUGCAGAGCGGCCAUAAGCAGCUGCACUACCUACGACGGCAUUAACAUGCUUCCCAUUCCAAAUGCUUUGAAAAAGCACCUGAAAGAAUACCACUACAAGCAGAGAGUACGUGUACGGAGAAUGGACACCUGGUGGGAAUGAAGAACAACAAAGACAAAUAGACUCAAAGGAAGGACUAAGUACAACUAGAACUCUCCCUGAACGGAACACUUAAAGCUUGUUCUUCACUCUUAUCUGGCUGACACUAACCUACACUGCACUGUACUUACUUAUUUAUUUAAUUCCUGCUGUACCUGUUUUAACAAUGAACCAUAAUACACUGUUGUGACACGAUGUAAUCUCACUGACCUUGUACACCAACGAGUUCUUUAAAGCUCAAAUUAAAAAACUUAUCUAGA